AUGAAAGCACUUAACCAGGCAGUAUACUACUCAACCAGGCUCAUCUGUAUUUCCCCCAUCACCCUGAUAGUAACCAUGGCACCCACCUUGACAUCACCUUAUAACCCCCCUCGCCACUCUACUCUAUAUAUAGCCCACCAGCGCCACCCUUCGUACUGUACUGCACACUACAACCUCCAAAAUGCCACGUUUCGACAGAGUGCUAUCUUUGGCUGCAGUGGCACUCCUUUUGAUAUCCCCCGCAGCCGCCAACAGCCAAGUGCACGCAAAUGCCGUGUUUCUACACGCCGACAGCGUUUGUGUAAGAUACCCGUGAUGACUGACACAAACGACCACAGUGAGCAAGCAAGACUAACCCAGGAAAAAGAAGAGUAUCGAGAUUGUCUCCAAUCGGUGCAGACGCAGUUCGAGGCGUGUGACUCGGACGACCGCCGGUGCCAGUGCGAUGUGAUGAAAAUCAUUGGCGACCAGUGCUCCAAGUACUGCAACGACCCGGUCAACGCCCAGUACCUGGAACUGUUUGGACAACAACAGUGCGACUGGAUCGAACAGGAUGUGCACAAGGACCACAGGCCCAAGGAUGCCGAACCUGAAGAGGUCGAAGACGACUCCCACAUGAGACUUCCUGGUGACUCGGUUGACCUUGACAACGUGGACAACAAUGAUCACGACAAGCGUUCCGAACACGACAUUCCCCACGAAGAUACCCACAGCGAUGACCACAACGACGGUGAGUUCUACAAUGCUGACCGCAGCGAUGACUGCGACGAUAUCACUGACCACGAUACCGGCCCCAGUGUUUAUGACGACAUGGAUACCCUUGGAAACGACGAAGACGAUAGCCUUGACGACACGUAUACCCCCGACUUUGUUCCCGACGACCCCGCUGCUUCGGGAUUCACUUAUGACCCUGCCCAGGCUUACGCAGACAAGUGGGCUAAUUACAUGGAGAUCUUCAGAAUCGCUCCCCAGACUGGAUACGUCGAUUUGGGAGACACGGACCCCAUGAACCCCGGGAGACACCCACUCUCAGCACUGAUUGAAGACGACGAUGGUGAAGGCCUCCAUGAUAUCUUUGACCACACUCCUUACUACAAUCACGACAACGACCUUACAUUUUCGCCCGAAGAUGAGGCCAAGCUGGUUCGGUUGGCUAAGGAGAUGUUGGAAGAGGCCGGCGACGACGCAGACACGGUUGCUAUCUGGGCUGAGGCCAAACAGCGGGUAUUGGCAGAGCGAAAGAAGUUUCUGGAGAGUCCCGAAGAGCCCAGCGGAGACACUCCCGAGGUUCUCAACGGGAGUAAUCUGUAUCCAGUUCCUGAUUCUGAUUCUCUGGUGGACGGAGCGGAUGGUGCGGACAGUGGAACACUUCCAGGACCGCAUUCGGGAGGAUACCAACACUGGGUUGAUGGACCCCCACUGGAAUCCACAUUUGGAGAGCCCAUGGAUGUCACGUCUGGCUAUGUUAAGGACGCUAUAUUUGAUGUUCCGACGGAAGGCGUGAAUGACCCCAACGGUGGCUUUCAGACCGAGGUGGAGCCCGUCGUACCCGGCGAUGUGGUUCUCGACCCAGAAGCUACUCCUCCUGCUCAGCUUACUCCUGAUGCCGAUACCGAGGGCGAUUCUGACAUGUACCAUAGCGACAACGAGUUGCCUGUGGUCCCAGAAGACCCUAUCUACCAGCCUCCUCAUUACUACGAGCCCAAAAUUGUAGUUGGAGGUGAAGAAGAUGGUACCGAGCCUGUCGAUGAGCCCGAGCCUGUCGAUGAGCCAGAACCUUCCUCAGGGCCCAUUUCUGAACCCAUUCACGAGUGGCAGCCCGAGGAGCCUCUUCCCAGUGAAGACGGUAAUUGGCCUUUUGAGGAAGAGUAUCAUUACGAGGAUCCUGUCCAUGAGAAACCCCAUUAUGAAGAGAAUAACGGAGAGCACCGUGAGGACCACAGUGACGCAAGCCAGGAGCUGCUCGGAGUUGAUGAGGAACUGCACCAUGGAGACGACGAGGGAGAUGAAGAGCACGAAGAGCAUCAAGAGGAUCACCAGGAGCUCCAUCAGGAGCACAGCGAGAGCCACCAUGGUGGGGAGGAGCAUGUUCUUAUCAACGAUGGGACCCUCAAUCUUAAUAAUGAGGUCAACGAGCACCAUCAUGAACACAAUUUGGAGUAUCACGAAGAGUACCACAUCCCCGAGCCUCACCAGGAACCUUCUCUUCAUGAACCCGAGCCAGAGUAUCACCAUGACUCUGAGCCCGACUACCAUGAGCCCGACUACCAUGAGCCCGACUACCAUGAGCCCGACUACAACCAUGAACCAAAGCACGAAGAGAACUUUGAAACUUCCGACUACCACGAGUUCCCUCCUGCCGGGGAUGAGUAUUACGAUGAGGGCCCAGCACCUUUGACCGAGGGGGUUUACGAGGGUGAAGUUGAGGAAGGAUCUGGUGCUGAUAACUUUGAGGGUGCUUCUCUUGCUGAAAAGCUCAAGCAACUGUAUCCCAAUGGCGAGGCUCCCCGUAUGGUGAACCAGGAUCCCGAUGGAAACCCUGCUUACGAUUUUGAUGGCUAUGAUACUGACAGUGCGGAUGUGUAUCCUGGUGGGGAGACGCCCUACGGUUCGUAUUUCGGCGAUGCGUUUGGGUUUUCGUCCGAUGCUCCUCGGUUGAAGCCUCUGAUUGCCACUCUUACCCUUGGUCUUGUUGUGGUAGCUCUUUUCAACCGGGACCUGGCCCCCACUAUUUGUUUCGUCCUUAGCUCAUUGUCUUUUGGGUUGUACAUUUACAACUAUGAGCUUCGUCUUUAG